UUCUGUCUGACCGUUCAAUUUUUACUUUUCUAUAUUGUGAUAUUCCUCUUUAAAAAAUGGAAUGGACAAAUGAAAAAAUUAUCAGUUUCAUUAAUGAAAUAGAGAUGAGGCCAGUCAUGUGGGAUGUGUGUCAUGUGGACUAUAAAAAUAGAAAUAAAAAACAUGACGCAAUGAAUAAGAUUAGUGAAAUUUUCAAGUGUGACACAACAGAGGUUCUGCGGAAAUGGAAGAUAAUAUUGGCACAGUUUCGACGGGAGAAACAAAAAAUUAAAGCUUCAAAACGUACGGGUUCUGCAGCUUCUGAAGUGUACAUCCCAAAGUGGUUCGGAUUUCAACACUUGGAAUUUUUAAACGACAGAGAUGAGCCCAAUGAAAGCAUAAACACACUAGACGACAUAAAUGAUCAGUUAACUGAAAUGCAACAACAAGGUGGAGAAGAACUGUUUACUGAAAAUGAACAAGUGGCAAAGGAAUCUGUUGAUACCUCACUACAAUCAAUCUACCAAUCAAGCGUUCUACAGCUAAAAGACAGCGACUACACAAUAAAAACGAUGCAAUGGUAUCAGAAGCCUAUGAAGUCAUGA